AUGGCCUUCGCCGCCCGGGAGGGCGCGGGCUCGGGGCGCGGGCGGCCGCCGCGGCACCGGGCGCUGCGCGGGUUGCUGCUGCUCUGCCUGUGGCUGCCGAGCGGCCGCGCUGCCGGCCCGGCCUCCGCGCCGCUGUCCGAGCUGCACGCGCAGCUCUCGGGAGUGGAGCAGCUGCUGGAGGAGUUCCGCCGGCAGCUGCAGGAGGAGCGGCCGCAGGAGGAGCUGGAGCUGGAGCUGCGCGCGGGCGGCGGCCCCCCAGAGGAGGGCUGCCCGGGCCCGGGCGGCGGCGGCUACAGCGCCAUGCCGGACGCCAUCAUCCGCACCAAGGACUCCCUCGCGGUGGGCGCCAGCUUCCUGACCGCGCCGGCAGCCGUGCGGGACUGGCGGCAGUGCGUGGCGGCCUGCUGCUCCGAGCCGCGCUGCUCGGUGGCGGUGGUGGAGCUGCCCCGGCGGCCCGCGCCCCCCGCCGCCGCGCUCGGCUGCUAUCUCUUCAACUGCACCGUCCGCGGCCGCAGCGUCUGCAAGUUCGCGCUGCACCGCGGCUACAGCAGCUACAGCCUCAGCCGCGCCCUGGAGGGCGGGCAGGAAGAGCUGGAAGCCGCGCCACGCACGGAAAAAGAUGAGCCCCCACUUAGCAAGGCCGGGCAGGAUGUGGUCUUGCAUCUACCUACAGAUGGGGUGGUUUUGGACGGCCGUGAGAGCACAGAUGACCAUGCCAUUGUCCGGUAUGAGUGGACACUGCUGCAGGGUGACCCAUCAGUGGACAUGAAGGUACCUCAGUCGGGAACCCUGAAGCUGUCCCACUUACAAGAGGGAACAUACACCUUUCAGCUCACUGUGGCGGACACCGCCGGGCAGAGAAGCUCCGACAACGUCUCGGUGACUGUGCUCCCCGCGGCCUUCUCCAUGGGAGGAUGCUCGAAGGUUUGCUCACGCUACCACUUCUUCUGUGAUGAUGGCUGUUGCAUUGACAUCACCCUGGCUUGUGAUGGAGUGGAGCAGUGUCCUGAUGGGUCUGAUGAGGCUUUCUGCCAAAACUUGAGCCUUGACCAGAAGAUGGUGACCCACACAGUGACUGCCCAGCCUAGAACCACAGGACCAAGAAAAGAUGCAGCAGGAAGCUCCUUCUUGGAAAAGUCCCAGAAAGUCACUGUCCAAAACCAGCCACCAGCAUUAUCAAAUAUGGAGAAGAGGAAUCAUUCCAUGUUUUGGGGAUCAGAGAGUCAAACCGAUCCUGUGAUGCCAGAUCGUGGCUCCUCAGGGAAGAACAGAAAAGAGGAAAAUUAUAUUUUUGAGUCCAAGAGUGAUCGAGGAGGAGGGGAACACCCGGCCCCAGAAACAGGUGCGGUUCUACCCCUGGCCCUGGGCUUGGCCAUCACGGCGCUGCUGCUUCUCAUGGUGGCGUGCCGCCUACGCCUGGUGAAACAGAAACUGAAGAAAGCUCGUCCCAUUACGUCUGAGGAAUCCGACUACCUCAUAAAUGGGAUGUAUCUGUGA